AUGAGCCUGUCAAUGGGCGCGUGCCCCCACGCGUGGCGGCACCAUCUACACCACCGCGGCCGCAUGUGGGCCGCUUCGCCGGUCUUCCGAAGGCAGCUGUUCCUCCUCCGCUCUCUUGCGCCCACCUGCGCACACGGCGGCUGCGCCUCCUCCAGCUCUCUCCAGGUCCACGCCAUGUCCGCGGCGGCCGGGCCGGUGUACGAGGCGGACGCGGAGGCGGUGGUCCGGCGAAUCACGCCGCCGCUCGACCGCGCCCGGCAUAAGGGUCAGGCAGGGAAGAUAGCAGUAAUUGGUGGAUGUCGCGAGUAUACUGGCGCUCCUUAUUUUGCUGCCAUCUCUGCCUUGAAAGUUGGUGCAGAUCUCUCACAUGUUUUCUGCACAAAAGAUGCUGCAACAGUAAUCAAAAGCUAUAGCCCUGAGCUGAUUGUGCAUCCAAUCUUAGAGGAGUCCUAUAGUGUAAGGGAGGAUGAAAGAGAAUCUGUUUCUUCUAGCAUUCUCACUGAAGUUACAAAGUGGAUGGAGCGCUUUGAUUGCAUUGUUGUUGGUCCCGGCCUCGGAAGGGACUCCUUUCUUAUGGAUUGUGUCAGUAAUAUCAUGAGGCAUGCACGUCAGGCUAAUAUUCCAACUGUUGUCGAUGGGGAUGGCCUUUUCCUUAUAACCAAUAACAUUGGUCUUGUUGAAGACAACCCUCUUGCCAUCUUAACACCAAAUGUAUAUGAGUACAAGCGUCUUGUCCAGAAGGUUCUCAACUGUGAAGUAAAUGAGGAAAAUGCUUCGGAGCAACUGACUGCACUUUGUCAAAAAAUAGGUGGUGUAACCAUCAUGAGGAAAGGAAAAGCAGAUCUGAUUAGUGAUGGUAAAAAAGUUACACAAGUGAGUACCUUUGGUUCCCCAAGGCGAUGUGGUGGUCAAGGCGACAUUCUCUCUGGAAGCGUGGCAGUAUUUGCAUCAUGGGCACGGCAAUUUCUCUUGUCAAAUGAGCAACCUACAGAGAAGAGUGUGAAUCCUAUGAUCCUUGGGUGCAUAGCUGGCUCUCUUUUGCUCAGGAAAGCUGCAUUGCUUGCAUUUGUGAAGAACAAGAGAUCAACCGUCACUACUGACAUUAUUGAGUUCUUGGGCCAAAGCUUGGAAGAUAUCUGUCCUGCUGGGCGGUAGAUUUUUCGCGUGUUUGUACCAUCACUCUGGAGUUGUGCAUCUGAUUCCUACAAUACUGUUAAUCCUGGUAUUUCGAUAGUAUUAUCAUACUGUCUAUGUAUAUUAUCUUGCCUAAGAAAAGGAUGCUACAAGACUUGGAUGCUCUGAUCUCGUCGAUGUCACUGUUGACUUCAGAAUAUUAUCCAUGAUUUCCCUUUGGAAUUGAACUGUCUCGAAACGAUACCCUUAAUUAACUGGACUUCUAGAACUGCCUCAA